ACAUAUUUCAGAUUACAGAACUCGUUCUAAUCUCUCUCUCUAUGUUUUCUUUUCUUCUAUGAUUUUUAUAUAAUAACGAAAGAGACACACACAUAACACAAACACUGUAUUAUCUUUGUUGCUUCUCUCUUCUUCUUUCUUUCUUUCUUCUAUCUCUCUCUCUACAGAGUUAAAGUUUCUGAUCGUGUCUCUUAUCGUGUACCCAAAAACCCCUUUGUUUGAUCUCUCUCCUUCCUUUUCUUUCUUGUUUUCUUCUGCCCCUCCAAGAUUUUGUUUCCUCGCCCCCAAGUUUUCAGGUUAUGGUGAAGGUUGUUUCCAGUUUAAAGCUUGUACCUUUAGGAUAGAGAGUAGGCUUGUUUGUUUGUUUGUUUCUCCAGUGGGUGUAACUGUAGAAAAGGAAUUGACUUUAGUUGUUAAUUGUGAGAUUAUUAGAGUAACAUAAUCUCUCUGCUCUUGUAAAGGUGGUAGGAUAGGGUUUUAGUAGAAGAAAGGGUUUUAAAAAAAAAAGAUUGAAACUUUUGUGUGAUAUGGGUAAUAAGUUGGGAAGGAAGAGGCAAGUGGUGGAAGAAAGGUAUACGAAACCACAAGGUUUGUAUGUUAAUAAAGAUGUCGACAUUAAAAAGCUCAGAAAACUGAUUGUAGAAUCUAAGCUUGCUCCUUGCUAUCCUGGAGACGAUGAGAGCUGUCAUGAUCUUGAAGAAUGUCCUAUUUGUUUUCUGUAUUAUCCUAGCCUCAAUAGAUCAAGAUGUUGCAUGAAAAGCAUUUGUACAGAGUGUUUUUUACAAAUGAAGAAUCCUAAUUCAGCUCGGCCUACUCAGUGCCCAUUUUGUAAAACACCCAAUUAUGCUGUCGAGUACCGUGGAGUAAAGACAAAGGAAGAAAAGGGCAUUGAACAAGUUGAAGAGCAACGGGUAAUAGAAGCCAAAAUAAGGAUGAGGCAGAAGGAAAUGCAGGAUGAUGAAGAGAAAAUGCAGAAACGUCUUGAAUCAUGUUCCUCUAGCACAAGCGCAAUGACUGGCGAGAUGGAAUAUGGUUCAGCUUCAGCUGUAUCUUAUAAUUCCCUCAUGGAUGAUGGGGAAAUCGUUCCAUCGCAGAACUCAUCAGUAGUUAGACAGCAUUCUCGCCCUCGGGGAAACAGGGAUGACGAGGUUGACGUUGACCUUGAAGAGUUAAUGGUAAUGGAAGUAAUAUGGCUCUCCAUUCAGGAAACAGGGGCGCAGCAAAAUUCAGCUUCAGGGGAAAUGACUUCUUCUGGGCACUAUGAAACAGAAGAUCAUAGUUAUGUUUCUUCACUACCACGAAUGGCUUCAACUGUAGAACCAGCAAUGCCGUCUUCAUUAUCAUCUGGUGGGCUUACUUGUGCAAUCUCCGCACUCGCUGAACGCCAAAUGGUUGGAGAAACCUCCAAUCAAAUUCACAAUGUCAACGUUUCUUCAUACAGUAUGGUUCCUGGAAAUUGUGACAGUUACUAUGACAUAGAACAAGAGGUAGAUGACACUGACAACCAUCACCACCAUCAACAACAACAACAUUACCAUAACAACACCGAGAUGGGAGAAACAGGAAGCAGCAACAACUAUGUAAAUUCUUACAUGACCGGCGAGAGCUUCCACAACUUUCCUACUCCUCCUCCUCUUGUCAUUGUUCCAGAGAGUUUUGAUGAGCAGAUGAUGAUGGCUAUGGCUGUGUCUUUAGCAGAGGUUCAUGCCACGACCACAAGUGCACCAACUGAAGUUACUUGGCAAUAAAAUAGGGUAAUAAUGGAAACUUCAUGGGUUCUGGAUCUGAUGAUUACCUUCAUUCAUAUAAAUGUCUUGUUCCUAUAGGAAGAAAAGAAAAGAAAAGAAAAGUAAAAACAGAUGAGAUAAUUUCCAGUUUUAAUAGAAAAGGUUGGGUUGUGUUCAAUCCUGUUCUUUA